CUGACAACGCGGGAGCAGUCCACGAUUUUCUCCUAUAGUGAUCACCCUUCCACUGAAUUCCAGACUGAUUACUUUCCGCUUCAGAAGGACUUCGUCUGCGAUGAGUGCCAGUUUGCUGCCCGUGAACUGAAGGUGAUUGUUGAGGACAAGGAAAAGCAACAGGAAAUCCGUGACUUCCUUUCACAGAACGUCUGCAAGCACAUCCCACGCUACCAAGGAAUGUGUGACAUGCUCAUUGAACAGUUCCUUCCCGAGAUGUUCCAGGAGCUCGACACUAUGUUGAAGGACCCCAAGGCUGCUUGUGCUGAUGUUGGUUUCUGCCCGCGUACCAGCCCACCACGCAAGCUGACCGCCCCUCAUGCGGACACCCCGAUUCAUCCGAUGUAUGCCUUCUUCCGUGCAGCAAAAACUAUCGAAACGCCAACCGGCAGCGUCCUCAUGAGUUGCUUGGAAUGCAAGGUCGCCGUGGAGGAGGCAGUCAACGGUCUUGUCAAAGAUAGGAAUGAGCAGGCUGCAGCCGUCCAGAAGUUUGCCUGUCACGAGCUAUUGCCAUCGAACUUCUCGGCCAGUUGCGACGAUUUCCUCAGUCUUUACCUACCUACCGUACUCUACAUGACUUGGGAGCAGAUCACACCGGAAGGCUUCUGCACUGAAAAAAUGAAGUCGUGUGACUCCAUUUCAAUGUCCCGACUCUCUUCAAUGUCGAAAUCGGUUGUCAGGAGUUUCAGCUGCCACACAUGCAGUGGAAUGCAGAAAUAUUACCAGACAAUGAUGGAUCGUCCAGUGACCAUGCAGUUCCAACAAUUCGUGGUAGACGAGCUGAAGCGCUCCGUCUGCGAUCACACUGCAAUCCUCGCAACUACGUGCGAUCGUUUUGUGGAAGGUGUGGUUCCACGCCUUAUUAGCAAAUUUGCCGAUAUUAGCAAAUCCGAAGACUUUUGUGCAAAGGUAGGUCUUGCUACGACUCUUUACGGCACUUUUGCGGAAUACACUCGUUCUUUGCUGGCCAUGCCGACCUCUUAG